AGCGGAAGUGACGCACCAGAAGGGUCUCCGGGGCUGGCCCGGUUUCACCUGGUUUCUGUAUGCUGCCUUCUGCACUCCGGCUCCCUACCGGCAUCCGGCUUGCCCCGUCCUGGGUCUGCAGUUCUUCUCGUUCCUUCAUGGAUCUGAAGACCCUCCUUUCCUCCUUAAAUGACUUUGCGUCCCUCUCCUUUGCCGAGAGUUGGGACAACGUGGGGUUGCUGGUGGAACCCAGCCCGCCUCACACCGUCCGUACACUCUUUCUGACCAAUGACUUGACCGAGGCGGUCAUGGAAGAGGCUCUCCAAAAAAAGGCGGAUCUCAUUCUGUCCUACCACCCACCCAUCUUCCGUGCCAUGAAGCGCGUAACUUGGAAAACCUGGAAGGAGCGCCUGGUUAUCCGGGCCCUGGAGAACAGGGUCGCCAUCUACUCUCCCCACACGGCCUUUGACGCCGCACCCCAGGGAGUCAACACCUGGCUGGCCAAAGGGCUCGGAACUUGCAGCACAAGGCCCAUCCACCCUUCCAAAGCUCUCACCUGCCCCACAGAGGGAGCUCACCGACUAGAAUUCAAUGUGAGCCACACCCAAGACCUGGACAAAGUCAUGUCUGCGGUGAAAGGAAUUGGAGACGUCUCUGUCACUUCUUUUCCCGCUAGGCGUGAUGGUGAAGAAGAGACACGGAUCAGCCUGAACUGUACUCAGAAAGCCCUGAUGCAGGUGCUCGCCUUUCUCUCCCAGAACCAACAACUUUAUCAGAAAACUGAAAUUCUGUCCCUGGAGAAGCCCCUGCUUCUGGAUACUGGAAUGGGACGGCUGUGCACACUGGAUGAAGCCGUCUCCCUGGCAACAAUGAUAGAGCGGAUCAAAGGACACCUAAAGUUAUCUCAUGUUCGCUUAGCUCUCGGAGUAGGGAAGACCUUAGAGGCCCCAGUCAAAGCUGUGGCCCUGUGCGCUGGUUCUGGGGGCAGCGUCCUACGAGGAGUGGAGGCUGACCUUUACCUCACAGGUGAAAUGUCCCACCAUGAUGUCCUGGAUGCGGCUUCCAAAGGAAUAAAUGUCAUUCUCUGUGAACACAGCAACACUGAACGAGGCUUCCUUUCCGAUCUUCAGGAAAUGCUGGGUGCUCAUUUGGAAAAUAAGAUUAAUAUUAUCCUGUCUGAGACAGACAGGGACCCUCUUUGCGUGGUUUAGAGAGCAGAGGGAGUCAGAGACACAAGCUGUGCACCAUUUGGGUGGAAACAGGGAUGUGCAGGGAGAGUUACGGUGCUGUCGCCCUCCUGCAGAAGCGGGCUCCAAAGACGUCGUCCAAGUUCAUCAGUAAGGUUCCAAAUGGUAUAGCUCACAAGGUAAAGAGUGCAGUAAAGAUACAUGCUCACUAUAAACUCUUGGAAAAGGCAACUAAAACCUGGAUAUCACUAGGCGUUUUUGUUUGGUUGUUUAAUGUGACAGAAUCUAUAACCCAGGAUAGCCUCCAAUGCACUAUUUAGCUGAGGCUGGCCUUGGACUUUUGAUGCUCAUGUAUGCACUCCACACCUCUGAAGUAGUUCUGUAUACAUGGGGUGUCUGUCUCAGUAAUCUCUGCCUUCUGAUUAAUCUUAAACACCAUUUAAAAACAGACGUGGAGGGACUGGAGAGAUGGCUCAGCGGUUAAGAGCAUUGCCUGCUCUUCCAAAGGUCCUGAGUUCAAUUCCCAGCAACCACAUGGUGGCUCACAACCAUCUGUAAUGAGAUCUGGUGCCCUCUUCUGGCCUGCGGGUAAACAUGUAGACAACACUCUGUAU